AGAAGCAUCUAGUUGAGGCGAGGCGGUGAGACUACUACCAAUCGGAAAGCUCUUUAUCAUUCUCUCUGAUCUUAAUAUUUCUCAAGGUUGUGUGAGCUCUUUAGGUUCGCAUUUAGAAAGCAUUGCAAGGCUUUUUCUAAGUAUAUUCAGAAGCCUUGUGGUUUGCUUCCUCGUGCUCUUUUCUGUUGAUUUGAAGUGGAGAUACUGAAGUUUUUGAAGGUGAGGAUACAAUUAUUUGUUAUAAAACAUCUCAUCACAAAGCUUUUAUGGAGUUAAGAUGGAAUAAUGCCAGCUAGGUAAAGGAUCAUGGUGGGAUUUAAGAAUAGGUACAUGGUAAUGAAAGUUUUCUUGGAUCCAAAUCGACAUAUUGGAGUGGAUGAUCCUAUUAUAAUAACACAAUAUAAUGUUUCAAAAGCGAUUAAAGACAGUAUUCUUGUAAACUUUGGGGAGUGUGGUUUGGCUUCAUCCCUUGGAUCGUUCCAAGUCAAGUACGUGAAUCCGAUUACCAAGCUAUGUAUCAUCAGAACCUCACGAGAGGAGAACCAAAAGGUCUGGUCUGCAAUUACCAUGGUUAGGCGCAUCGGUAACUGCCCAGUUCUGUUCAACCUGCUAGAUCUAAGUGGAAGUAUCAAGGCCUGUAAAGUUGCUGCGUUGAAGUGUGAUGAAAUGAAAUUUGAGCACUACAAACAUGCAGCUGGAGCACUUCUCUCUGCUGAUGUUAAUCAGCACAUGCAAAACUGUCUUGAAAAGAUCAAGAUUUUGGAGCACUGAGCCUUGCGUUGGUCGUAACCUACUGGCCUGCCAAAUUUUGGAGCACUGCUUUGUUUUGCACAACUCAUGAACAGUUUCAAACUGGCGAUUUCUGAUCCAUCCCUUUUGGCCUUUCUUUGUCUUUGGGGUUGUUGAAUCUGAGAUGUUUGAAAUCAUACUAGCUGAUCCAUUUUGUUUUGAAGCAACAUUUCAAGAACUUGUCCAGGUAGAGAGCCUGUGAAUAACCUUUGAAAUCAUCUGCACCUGGAUCUUGUGCAUCCUUUAUCAAAGCAGCUGCUCUGUGCCUUGUUUUCGUUC